GAAGUUGAACGCAAUUGUUUUCCUGUUAUAAAGUUAAAGUUUGUAUGAAAAUUGAAAAUAUCUUCCUGUAGAAAUACAACCUCAGUUCUUAACUCUAGACCAUUUCAUUUGCAAACUUUAUGGCUUUUGAUUUCCUUACUUCGCAUUUAAAUUCUUAAAGCGCGCAAGCGCAGCUUGUAGUAGAGAGUUUACUUCGAUGUAAGCCUUUCUUGUAACAAUCAAUCGUAAUUCAGUUGUCGUCUACAUUUCACAGUAUCUGCGAUAAUUUGCGCGAUGGUUGACAUUCAAAAAUAAUUUUUCGAUAUAAAAAUUGUGCAAGUACAAAAUUCGCAAAACAUGUCGUGGAACAAAUAUUAUAAAGAUGAUAUUUUAUACAUCACGCAAGUAACGCGUAACGUUCUAAGCGUGCUCGGAGUUUGGCCAUCUUCCAACAGAGCAAGAUCUACUGGCAAAAAAUUUUUCAAAUAUUUAUUAAUCUGUGCCUCUUACACUCUUCUUUAUGGCGUGCUGAUUCCCGGUAUCUUCUUCUGGUUAAUCGAAAAGAGAACACGUAUCAGAAUUCAAACUUUUCCUAUGCUUCUUUACUGCUUCAUGGCCACAAGUAAAUAUGGUAAUUUAAUAUUCCGCGAGAAUCAAGUCAGGCAGUGUUUAAAGCACAUUGAAGAAGAUUGGAAGAUUGUUACUAGCACGGAAGCACGGGAUACAAUGAUCGAAUCAGCGAAAACGGGAAGACGUUUGGUUGCACUUUGCGGAGCCUUCAUGUACGGCAGCGGACUCUCCUUCCGAUCGAUCUUGCCGUUCGCUAAGGGAAAGAUAGUUACCGCGCAGAAUAUUACGAUCAAGCCCUUGCCUUGUCCGGGUUACUUUUUUUCCUUCAAUUCACAAGUUAGUCCUACUUACGAAAUGAUUUUUGCGAUGCAGUUCUUGUCAGGUUUAGUUACUUAUUCAAUCACAACGGGCGCAUGUGGCCUCGCAGCUGUGUUCGUAAUGCAUGCCUGCGGUCAACUGAGGAUUUUGAUAGACUUGAUGAAACGCCUUGUCGAGGAACAAUGGCAAGAAAAAGAAGAAGUGGAUAGAAGACUGGCUGAAGUAGUAGAGCAUCAAAUAAGAAUACGAAAUUUUUUGCGACUUGUAGAACAUACUCUGCAGCAAAUAUGUUUGAUAGAACUGAUGGGGUGUACGAUAAUUGUUUGCAAUUUAGGGUACUGCAUAAUAGUGGAAUGGGAGAAAAGCAAUACAAUAGCUACAUGUUCUUAUUUUAUGUCACUUACAUCUAUGCUAAUAAAUAUGUUUAUGUUUUGUUAUACCGGUGAACAACUUACAACUCAGGCAGAAAAAGUGGCUAAUACAUCCUGCGAGCUUGAAUGGUAUCGUCUUCCGGAUAGAAAAGCGCGCGGGAUUGUAUUAGUGAUAAUUAUGUCUAACUUGCCUACUAAAAUCACUGCAGGAAAGAUCAUGGACCUAUCACUUAAGACAUUUGGUGAUGUCGUUAAAACAGCUGUGACAUAUUUUAAUAUGCUUCGAAAUGUUACUGAUUAAAUAUUUCAAUUCUAAUCAUCAUUGAAACAAUCUAAGCUGUCUUAAUAAUAUAA